GCCUUAAUUAAUCACAACUGAGAGCUGACAGCUUGAAUCAGAUAGUAGACAAAGCUAAUGCUAGUUUAGACACAUUAAACUCUGCUGCCCGUGUUUCCACUGGCUGCUGAGGUUCAGGAUCAUUCACUGAUGCAGUAACAUGUGGAUGUCUGUGCUUGGAGCCACUGGAGAGGAGCUAAAGAGCCUCGUGUCUCUGGAGUUGCAGGUUGCUUAGAGACCCCUAACCCAAAACGAACGAUCACUCCGCCCCGCAGUUUAAACACAGCAGCGAGGUGGACCGGUGUUACAAAACAAGCGCGGACUGCUCAGCUGCCUCAGCUUUCACUGAGCUAGCUAGCAGGUGAGUUCAUUUAGCUCAUCUUUCCUCUGGCUCGACAUGGCGGAGGGUCCGGCCAACCUUCCUCCGGGAGACCCGCAGCUCAUCGGUAUGAUCGUGGAGCAUCUGAAGAACCGGGGGCUGUUUGACGAGUUCCGUCGGGACUGUCUCGCCGACGUUGAUACGAAGCCUGCCUAUCAGAACCUGCGGCAGAAAGUUGACAACUAUGUCACGUCGCACCUGAGCACACAAGACUGGAACCCGUCCAUCAACAAGAACCAGAUGAGGAACGGACUGAGACAAAGUGUUGUUCAGUCAGGUAUGCUGGAGUCCGGUGUGGACAGGAUCAUCACUCAGGUUGUGGACCCCAAGAUGAACCACACUUUCCGGCCGCACAUAGAAACUGCCAUCCAUGAUUUCUUGUCAGGGGACAGGAGGGAGGAGAAUGCCUUGAGUUGUAACUCUGCACCGUCUGAACAGACAGAACUACAGGAGGCCCCGUCUGCCUCUGGCCCCAAAACGCCCUUCCGAAACAUGCCGGCCAACUUGUCCUCUGUGUUUUUUCUGCUCCUGGCAUGUCUCCAGGUGCUGACCAUGGAUCUGCAUGAUGCCCAGGAGAAACAAGUGAGCCAAGCCAAAAGACGCCUGUCUCUGCAGAGCACAGCGGAGAUUCAGAGUUGCCUGGUGAGUUCAGGGGAUGUCGGCUGUGGAACGUUUCAGUGUUUCAACAACAACUCCUGUGAAAUCCAAGGGCUGCACCACAUCUGUCUCACUCUGCUGCACAACGCCGGGCGCUACGACUCACAGGGAAAGUCAUUUGUGAAGGAUGCGUUGCGGUGCAUGGCGCUGGGACUGCGGCAGCGCUUCAGCUGUGUGAGCCGUCGGUGCUCAGCGGUAAAAGAGAUGGUGUUCUCGCUCCAGAGAGAGUGCUACUCCAAACACCUGCUCUGUCUGGCGCUACGAGACCAUAUGGAUACCAUGGGCAACCUGGUCCAGUUCCAUCUGAUGUUUCCCCCGGGACCGUACGUGGAGCUGAUGAACUUCCUGUUGAAGUGCGGAGACGAGGUCAGGUUGUGGGUCGGCAGGCGGCUGCGCGGGCAGUGCGAGCAACACUGGGGGGCACUGUGCAGCAGCUUCGGCAGCACCUGCUCUCCAAGCCAAUCAGACGCUCCGCAGCACACCACCGUCCCACCACCCACCGCGCCCUGGCCUAUCACCGCUCAAGGACCCCUGCAGCAGCCAACCAGAGCGGCCGAGCCAGAGGAUAGGAACGGGCUAAGUCAGAUCGAUAACGCGACCGAAUCUGGUCUCCCCGUGUCUGAGAAAUCCAAUGUUACUGCUUCAUAAACAGACAGGCGAGUCACACAGAGGUGCAGACAGGGUACACAUGCACUUAUUACUAUUUUAUUAGUAGUUGAAUGAGUAAAAGUAGUGGUAGUUGUUUAGUGUUGCAUUGCAGGUGAAGGCAAUGCAACAUAACCUAUUUAAUCUGUUGGGUAUUUGUGCUAUACUAAUAUUUUUUCUUUACAUUUGACUUUGUACAUGGAUGAAAACCUAUUAUCUACCUCACUUCAAAAUCGCAGUAAACCACAGUGGCUGUAUCCUUCAGCAAAGGGCAUUGACACACACGAGUAAACAUUACAGGGAAUCACUCAAGUGCAGCUGAUGGCUCAAAGUCAGUAUUCUACCUAUUUAAAUCUGUUUUUGUAUUUAUGAGGGUUGUUAUAUUAAUGCAUCGUAUAGUUGACAUGCUAUCAAACGUUAUCUUGUAGACAGUCAAGGUGCAGUCUGCAGGAAGGGAAGCACUCUUUGGUUAUGACAUGUUAUAAAUAUGUAUUUUUGAUGUUCUACUUGGACAAUCACAUUUCAUACAGACCCCAGGUUUCAAGCUAUGUUUUUUAAGUUUUUAUUUAAAUUAAUCCAAAAAUACAUUUGUAUGCAUUUUGAUUGAAAUUAAAUAAACUACAAUGAUGUCACUGGA